UCCCGAUUUCAUUUAUUCUCUUUCCCUUGUUAUCUUCGCCCUUCCUCAGAAGGGUAAAAAAACCUCUCAUUCUCCAUUGCCACACUUCUAUCUCUCUCUCUCUUUGCCAAUGAAACUUUUAUAUAGAGACUGCAUACAGUUUUCUGUCAGCAAAUAUGACUGAUGAAUGAUAAGACUUAACCAAAAAUCAUAAAAAAAAAACAUGACAGAACCCUACUCAUCAAAUUUCUUCACCAAAUGUUUCAACUUCAUACCUCUUCAUCCAAACCCUCCUUCUCCUGUCCGGCAAGCCCUUCCUCUUCUCAACAAUUUAUGUCCCAACAAAACUAGGGUUACCAAUGAAGAAGAAGAGGAAGAAGGAAGUGUGACAGUUUCCCUUCACAUAGGGCUUCCAUCUAGCGACAACAUGAACCCUAAUUCUUGUCCUUCAGAAAUAAGUCAGCAAAAUAAAGAGGUCAAUUCUCAUGAGGAUAAUAAUUCAGUUGUUUCUGGGUACCCUUUGAACCGAUUGAACAUGGGACGUCAGUACUGGAUUCCUACUCCUUCUCAAAUCCUCACUGGUCCUACUCAGUUCAUAUGUUCUGUUUGUUUCAAGACUUUUAGUAGAUACAACAACUUGCAGAUGCAUAUGUGGGGACACGGAUCUCAAUAUAGAAAGGGUCCGGAGUCUCUAAGGGGGAUCCAGCCAACCGCAAUGCUAAGGCUGCCAUGUUAUUGUUGCGUCGAAGGUUGCAAGCACCACAUAGACCAACCAAUGGCGAGACCUUUGAAGGACUUCAGGACCCUCCAAACACACUACAAAAGGAAACAUUGGACAAAACCUUUCAUGUGUAGGAAAUGUGGAAAGACAUUUGCUGUGAAAGGAGAUUGGAGGACUCAUGAGAAAAAUUGUGGAAGAGUUUGGUAUUGCAGUUGCGGUUCUGACUUUAGGCACAAGAGAUCGUUGAAGGACCACAUCAAGGCGUUCGGAUCUGGACAUGGGGUGCUUGGUUUCGAGGGUUUAGAUCAAGAGGAGGACGAUCCAGUUUCAUCUGAGAUCGAAAGAGAUGACGACGAUGAAGCUUGAGUUGCAAGUAAGAAAACUCUAAUUGAAAGCAAACUAAAGAAUGCAUAUUUUGAAUGGAAAAUCAUAUCUUAUGUUAUUUUUUUGGCUUGGUAUUAAUCCUCUCACAUUUCAAUGUAAAUAGAUUAUCUUUUCAUUUGGUUUGUAUGGUUUUUGUGCCACCUACUAUUGGAUGAUUACUUAAUUUGAAGUCUAAAAAUAUAUCUAGUUUCUGGUUUGCCUUACAA